AUGCAACCAACUCAAACUCUUGACUCUUCUCUGAACAAAUUCCAAGAAUACAACGCUUUUCCAGAAAAUGUUGUCCAUUCAUUCGCUUCGAAGACAGCAGAGACGACGGCGCUCCUCAAGGAACUCGUAGAAACAACGGACGAUAUCUCCGAGUCACUCACUGCAUAUGCCAAUGCCCCUUGGACGAACCCAAAGCUCAUCUCGCUGUUGCGACAAGGCUCGAGCAUUGCACAAACGUUGCAUACGUCUGAAACGCAGAGCCGUCAUAUCAUUAGCGCCCUCCGCAACCGAAACAACAUCAACUACGGAGAAAGUAUUCCCCUCAUACCCGCUCAGAUCCCAGAUUGGUGUAUCUCUCGGUUACAAAAUUGGUGCGAAUUGGCGGGGCUGCAAGCCUUCCUGGACGACACAAAACCAAAGGACACGCCGACAAUCAUCCUGGGUGGCAAUGUUAUAGUGGUCGACAUCGAUUUUGUGAUUGAACGGACAAACCCAUUGAAGCCACGCGUCUCAGUAUCAAGGGUCAAAACCUCCUAUGCCAUUCCAAGUGCCCAAUCGACGUCCACGGCAUUGGACGGGUUCCUGCUGAAUAUCAUUCAAGCAUUCUGCGUGGAGGUGCAACAACCAGAAGACGUCAGGGACCCGCAAAAGGCGGCCAAAUUAGGAGAGAACGUCCUACUUCAACUCCAGUACCUUGUUAUGCUGGACCAGUUGACCCAAAGGCAGCACGACGGGGGCUUGAAAUGGUUCACGGCUCUUGACGAAGUGGGCCCGACUGUGGAAGGCUUUGCGGUGAAGGAGGCAUCUGCAAUAGCAUCUUCACUCUCGCAACCUCAUGUACCGCUGGACAUAUUUUUGAGGCGCAGUCAUGGCCUCCCAAUCCCUUACCUUCUAGCUCCGUCCCUUUCAUUCCUGGUCUAUAUCUCGCCUCUCGCGUACCUCUCGAUGAUAUCAGACAUCCCAGAAAGCCUUCAGCCACAACAGAAUUCCCCGAUACCGCUCGAUAUACCACUCCCCUUCCUCCGCUCAACUCUUGCCGAAUCGCCACCGGGAACCACUCUGGCCACACUUCGACUGAUCCGAGUGUUCGUGCCUUCACUCGGAGGGUCCUCAACCUUUGCCUCCAGACCUACAUUCCCCCUGGUCUCUGCCGGCUCUGAAAUCAACUAUGACUUGCCAAAACUGUCGGACGACCUCAUGCUCACCGGAGAUUCCGAGACUGGGCAGUAUGAAUGGAUCCUUGACUUUACGAAUAACGGAAGAGUACCAGGAAUUGUGAUGAGCCAAUCUAGAAUGCGGGAGAUUGAACUUGUGCUGAACCCGUUGGGAGGUGGGAUCGGCGGGAUGGAUGUCAUGGCAUCGCUUCAUGCCUUCCGUGGCAGUAGUUGGGUUGACCUGCUGCUGAACCCUGAGCCAGGGAAAUCAUCUGAAUUCUAUGUGGCAACAUAUACUUCACCAUCGCAAGCACACCCUCCACUCAAGCUUCGACUAACGGCCCCGGAAGAACCUGGGUUCAGGCUUCAGCAAGUUCCAGUCCACACACUCAAAGAAGUUUGGGGUAUCCUUGAGAUCGUACGGGAGCAGAGUUGGUUAAAUGAGAUGUUGAACGGGUGUGAUUGGCGGCCUGAGGAACUUGUCACUCCCGAUACGCCGAAUGAUCACGAAUCGCCCGAUGUCGACCUCAACUCGAUUUUGACUGGCUCGUACCAACCACGACAUCUCCCUAUCAACGUCUACCUCCCCCAUCACAACGUCUCGACGGAUACUGUCUUCGACCCUCUCUCUGUCUCAACGGUCCAUCGCCCCAAGAUUGUCAUGACUUCACCAGAACGACCGCCGAUAACUGGUCUCGUUGAAAUCACCGUUUCAUUCGAUGAAUCUAAACAAAGGGGGAUUGACAUAGAGGUACGAGGAGCCGUUGGGAUGGACAUCAAGAUGGACGAGUUGGAAGAGAUUUCCAGGCGUGGUGGUACAUUUGGGAUCCCAGCAAGGAUAUGGAAACGGUCGCAGAGUGCUUCUCAGUAG